AUGGAUGCAGUCGCCGCCUUUUGCAUCCUGCUUGUUCUGGCCACCACCAUAUCCUUCUCUGCUGGGUGUUUCACACAUGAGAGAGAUGCACUGCUGUCCUUUAAGGGCAACAUCGUAAGGGAUCCACAGAACAUCCUUGCUACCUGGAAUGGCCAGGAUUGCUGCCAGUGGAGUGGCGUCAAGUGCAGCAACAGCACCGGCCAUGUCAUCAAGAUUGAUCUCCGCAACAAUUUCUUCCUAGAUGAUAUAUUAGUUCCAUCGGACUCUGAUAAUCCUCGCUCUAUGCGCGGGAAGAUAAGUUCUUCUUUAACUGUUUUGCAUCAUCUGGAGUAUCUUGAUCUCAGUGGAAACAAUCUUGGCGGAGUAGGGGUGUCCAUACCAAGAUUCUGGGCUCUCUCCAAAGCUUGGUAUAUUUGA